UCUCUUCUCUUUCCUUCAAAAUUAUGAAAUGGAAAUAAGGAUUCACUUUGAGAGCUCAACGUUUUUAGUUUAUUUCAAUUUUCAAUUUUCUGCAAUUUUUUUUUAAUUAAAUUUAACGGCUGAAUGGCAAAAACCGGACGAGCGGCUCGAUCGGCUCAAGCGGUUAACCGCCUCGGCCGCUCGUCAACCGUUACCUGAACCGGAGCAGCUUUUAGACUGUUCCGAGCCGGGACCGGUUGGCGGUUUUACCGGUCGGGCCGAGCGGCUCGGUUCGGCUUUAAUAACAUUGGUUGUAACCUACUUCUAUUCCAUCAUAAUCUCAUCAUCCUGAGAGUGGAAAGCCUCCGUGGAGUAGUUCCGUUCGAUAUGAACCGAGAAAUCACGUAAAUCUCGUUGUGUCUUUCAUUUUUAGUUUACGUUUUAUUCAUGGUAUAGAGCUGUGGAGACGAUCUUCCAGCUUCAUCAAUCAUGACUGAUGAAGAAUCCACGGUCUCUAGCAGCUGCGGUGACUCAAAGUUUUCCGUCUCACCGUCGCCCGUCUUUCUCCAUCGUUCAGACAACCCUAGUCAUUUGUAUGCGGGCGAUCUUCUCACUGAGCUCAACUACGGUGAGUGGCUCGGUGACAUCACCGAUUCCUUGCUGGCCCCACGACUCUACGAGCUGCAUCGUACGAUCGGAGCUCUCCAUCAAGACAAGUCUUCGGUGGCCGCUCAUUACUAGGGAUGGCAAUAAAACCAGAAUCCACGGGUACCCGACCCGAGCCGAUCAACACGGGUAAAACCCGUGUUGAUGGGUUUUGGGCCGGAUUCGGGUUUAAACCCGCUACACUAUUCACGAGUUGGGUUGGGUUUGGGUUUAGGUAUACCCGUCCCAUGGGUACCCGCCCACACCUAUAUAAUUAAUUUUGCCCGUAUAUUUAAUAUUCUAAGCAAUAUAUCUUCCUUUAACAGCUAAUCUUCUUUAUGUUUGUGGAGACAUGUCCAAAAGAAAGACAGUUAAUUUUU